AUGUCAUCUGAUAAUACAAAAAAAAGAGUUACGCAAAAUGUGUUUGCGCAGAUAAGCGAUCUUUCAAAUUACUACAAACUUGGUGUACUCUACUUCUAUAAUAUUCCAGCAUUUCCUGCUGGAAGUAUCGAUGCACCGGAUGGCUUCAAAUGGUGUAAAUUUCCUACAAAUUUGAAUCCGAAAAUUAGGGGACACUACGGCCUUUCCUAUAUAAUGAUGGCUUUGCGUUAUCUCAAUUUUGGAGCUUUCAUUAAAAUCACUUACAAGAUAUUGAAAUCAGGUAUUGUGAUUGCUCGGAUAUAUCUGUUUCCAGAUGGAAUAUUAAAUAACAAAGAUAUGGAGUUGUUUUGCUUUAAAAAUUUAGGUUUCGAUAGGGCUAGCCCCUCUCAUACUAAAACAUAUACAACUUUUAUGGGUCGUUUGCUGAGUAUUCUCGAUUACGAUCCCGAUGCUUGGAAAAUAAAUUCGAAUUUAAAGCUUGUUGAAUAUUUGAAGGGAAGGACGAUUGCUGUCAUGAACUGCGUCAUGAAAUUCAAAGAAUUUGAUACUCUUUCUCAAUUGUUGCUAGAAAUAUCUAAAUCUAUGAAACAGUGGAGACAUGUUUCCCAACAGGACGUUUUCAGAUUGUAUAGAAGAAAACCUCUGGAUAGAAGGAUUGAACCUUUACACAGCAGAAUGACAAAUGCAAUAAAGCAAAGUGCAACAGUUGAAAAAAGAUUAAUUAAAAUAUAUGACGGAUUACAAUCCCCGAAGAUCAACUUGAAUUCAUUAAAUCCUUAUCUGAAGAAGCCCCUUAAAAAUAUCCUACGUGGCUUUAUUACCGGAUUUAGAAGCACAUUGUACAAAUUUCAAUUAGAAUCUGUCGCAAAAAUGUACCAAAUGGAAACAGAGAGAACAGAACUUCCUAUGCCGACGAUAGUACGUCUACCUCUGGGAAUGAACCAGGACGUCUUUCUUAAUUUGCUGGAUUUAAAAUUUACUGUUUCACCGUGGCAGUACUCAACUCCUAGAGGUGGCAUUUUGGCAGAAAAUAUGGAUGCGGAGGUAAAUAAUGUUACACAUGAUCACAUGGAGUCAUUGCUUGAAAACUGUGUCCACUAUAUUGUCAACAAAUCCAUAGAUUGGAGGCAGUUUGCAGAUGAUUUACCUGAAACAUGUAAGAAUAGACUCCAAAGUACCAUUGGUUCAUUUACUAAAUUUGAGAAUCAAAAUGCGACAAUUGAUAGAGAUUCAUAUUAUUAUAGGAACACAAAUUGCUUGAUUCAAAAGAAGGAACUGUAUUUAUCAUCCUCUACUUUAGUUAUAGUUCCAAAUAAUCUCUUUCCACAAUGGAUAGCUGAGAUCAACAAACACGUUAGGAAGAACUUUUUGAAGGUCCUUCAGAUUCCCACGGUAAAGACACAAAUACCAGAUAACGUCAAAAGUAUUCUUCGUUACGACAUUGUGCUAAUUUCAUCUACAGCAUUUCAUAAGGCUUGCAAGCCCACAAAUUCAAUAUUCUAUUGUAUCUAUUGGAAGAGGCUCAUUAUUGAUGAAGGUCAUUCUAUGACCAACAAAAGUACAGCCCUAAAUAUUCGCUCAAUAAUGUCUGAACGAAGAUGGGCGAUAACCGGAACUCUGACAUCUGGCCUAACAAAUUUGCAUAUGGAGGGAACCGAUGACGACUAUAUAGUUCGGAAGAGGUUCAACGCCACUACAGAUUUGUGUAAAAUUGGCUGCAUAAUUUCAAAUUUUCUUCAAAUUGAUCCAUGGUAUUCACGUAAUCGUAUGUGGAAUUUCUACGUUAGUGGUCCCUUCAAAAAGGGAAAAUAUUACAGUGAUUAUCAACUAAAAGAACUUUUGAGCCAUUUGAUUGUCAGACAUUCAAUGAAGGACAUUCAUAAUGACAUUGUGCUUCCGAAGUUACAUCAUCAGGCCACCUUAUUAAAACCAUCGUACUUUGACCGUCUUUCAAUUAACUUAUUUAUUGCUGUGUUAGCUGUCAAUGCUGUUACAUCCAAUCGCGAAGGUGUGGAUUUCAUGUUCAAUCAAAGCAAUAGAGGCAGUUUGAGAAGAUUGAUUAAUAAUUUGCAGAAAGCUACAUUUUACUGGACCGGAUUCAGUGUCGGAGACAUAACUAAUUUGUUAAAUAUAUGCAAAUUUUCGUUAAAAGAGAAUGGCAAUUCUUACAAUGAACGGGAUAAAAAAUUGCUUCGUGAGAGUAUAUAUGUGUCAAAGGUGGCGUUAUCCAACAAUCGAUGGAGAACAACCUCGUCUGUUCAUGAAAUGAGUUAUUUUGUUGCUAAUCUUCCUCCAUGGAUUAGAAAGAACUAUACUAUAUCACAAUAUACGGAUCAGCAUGAUGAUUUUGGGGCACCAGUUGGUGUUUAUGGGUUUCCGCAGCUGAUUGCAAUACAAAGAUUUUAUUAUAGGAAUAGAUUUAUAAAAACCGAAGAAGAGUUGUCUGAAAAGAUGCAACACUCCACAACCCUUUUUUGGGAAAACUACGGCCGUACUAAUGAUAAGCUGAACGAUGUUCAUCGGCAUAAAGCACUAAAUCAAGAGCUUGAUUUCACAUCCAUUGAUUUCGAAUCAAUAAAGGAAAUUGAUAAUAUUCCUUCAUGGGCUAUUAAGUUUGAUCCCGUUAAGGAAGAAAAUCGCCUUCAAGAUAAAGUUAGAGUACAGCGGACAAAUAAUAUGAAACAAGGAAACAAUCAAUUAAAAAGGAAGUACAACAAACAAGGAAAGUCACAGAAAAGAAUAAGGACAAAUGGUAAUUUAAUAGAAAAAAAAUAUGAAACUACAGGAAAGCUUGGCUCACUAAUGAGAACAGCUAAUAUAUUAGGUACUGCAUCAGCAAAGCUCUCAUAUUUAACAUCAAGACUAGUGGAAAACGAGAUCAAAGGAGAAAAAUCAAUUGUCUUCUACGAAUUUGAAAAUUCGGCUUAUUAUUUGACAGAGUUACUGGAUAUUUUAGGUAUCAGCUACUUUCUCUACUCACCACAUAUACCACCUGUUCAGAGAUCACAGAAUUUAAUUGAUUUUGAUGAAUGGGAUAUUCAGAAGCAUUCAGGUCAUGGCGUUGCGUUAGUAAUGGAUCUAAAGUUGGCUGCACAUGGUUUGACAAUUCUUUCAGCAACAAAUGUAUUUUUCAUUAAUCCCGUGUGGAACAAGAGUGUGGAAGCACAAGCUAUUAAGAGAGCACAUAGGAUCGGACAAAAACAUGAGGUAUUUGUUGAAACUCUAAUUUUGGAGGAUACGAUAGAAGAGGAAAUGUAUAAGAACAGACAGGCAGAAGAAAAGAAAGGUGAACAUAUGGUCAAUAAUAAAGAAAGAGAGAUGAUUGAUAAUGCAGACAUACAAGACUAUAUCAUGCAGUUCCGGUUCUUAUGCCUUUAUGACAUGGACUACGGAACAUCCGAAAUUUCUCCAAUUGAAUCCAAAUCUAAAUUCCAGGGAAAAUUGAAAUCAGAUAUUUAUGCAUUAAGUAUUAACGAGAUAAAUGAGAGCGAAGCUGAACUUCCUUGUUUGCAGAGUGAAUCUAAAAACAAUGGAGUUAGACGAUGGAGCAUACCACUUUUCACUCAGAAUAAUAUGACAAAACUGUCAGAAAGUGAUGCUAAAAUUCGAAAGAAAAGUAGGCCAAAGGGAAGGGAAAGUUUAUCGAAAUCUGACAAUAAUAGUAAAGGAAUAUAUGACUGGAGUGACAGUAAUAAAAAGACAGUCAAAUUGAUGAAGAAGUUAAGACAAUCCAGGGAAGUUCAUUUUCCUACGCAAUGA